AUGGGCGCCGAUACGACGAUACGUCCCAACUAUAACAUCUUCGCGUUCGGCGCCGACAAGGUGUCGCCGUUCGUAUCGAAGCUGCACGACAUGGUGGACGACCCGAAGCGCAGGGAUUACGUCAGGUGGGCGAAAGACGGACGAUCGUUCGUCAUCACCGACGAGGAAAAGUUUGAGCGAAAUCUCGCCGGCGUCCUUCCGGGCUUGUCCUUCAUGGUGAACAUGGGCAACUUCCACCGCGAGCUGGCCAACUACGGGUUCAAAAAGCCGGACGCGCACAAGCUGGAGUUCGAGCACGAGGGGUUCGUCAGGGGCGCCGACGAGACGGAGCUCGCGCGGGUGCGGCGGAAGGAAAACUACGGACGGUACCGCAAAGACACGAGCACGGCUGGGAAGCCGCCCGCGAUCGUGAGAGCCUGA